GCGCGGUGUACGGCGGAGGCGCGUGACGUCAGCAGACGUCGUGCGGGGAUUGGAAUGCUACAAUGUAACAAUCGCAACUGGACGCUCCAGAUUAAAGCGCUGCUGGAAUGUUACGUUGUUUCGUCGCCGUCGAUACAACGCCGUUCGAAUGUAACAAGAAAUAGAAAGCCGUGUCGGUUUGUAAUGUUUGUACGAGAGCUUCCAAAGCAGCAACUGCACCUUAACAAAGACAACCAACGUUUGGAUGAUUUAUCGGAGAGAAAUAUGUGAGAAUACAAGGAUUGGUGGGGAUUUAUCCGCUUAGGAAGUUUCGGACAGGGUCUUUCUGACUCACAUGCACCUCGUGAGAUCCAUCACCGGGAGAUGUUUGUGAUUUCUCCAUGCUGGAUUUCAAGAAUUCUUCUCUGAAAUAACUUUCUGAUGGUUUCCAUUUAUUCCGAACAAUCCCGAUGGCCAGCAUGGUUCAGGUGUCAUCUGUCAGGAGUUUAGAUGCUGUCUAAUGUGAACCAGGCACCGGAGAGCAGAGAGGUAGAUCCAUAAAAAGGGUUUCAGGUUAAGUCGCCCACAUGCUCUGGAUUUGGGAUUGGAAUCACAAGGUGGAAGUUGAGAGCAUCAAAUCCCUGCAGGUCUGUGGAAGAUGCUGUCCAGCAGGAGUUGAGACCUUUGCAUUCAUCAGCAACCAGCUCCAUCUGGAUCUAAGGACACAUGCAGGCCAAAAAACGCUAUUUAAUUCUGUUCUCUGCAGGUGUGAGCCUCAUUCUCCUCUUUUACCUUCAGGGACCAGCUUCCAGAAGGAGUCCAAACCGAGGGGAUGACCCCCAUCCACACUGGCCCCACUUCUCAGACCCCUUACAAGCUUUUAUUCCGUGGGAUCAGACUGAAACGGAGGACUACAAUGACCGUGCUUCUCCGAGACACAAAAGAGAUGACAAUUCUGGAGCUUCCAAGUGCAGAAUGGACUCCUGCUUUGAUUUCUCUUUGUGCAGGAGGAACGGCUUCAAAGUCUACAUCUAUCCUCAACAGAAAGGUGAGAAGAUCUCAGAAAGCUACCAAAACAUCUUGUCCUCCAUCGAGGGCUCCAGAUUCUACACGUCUGACCCGGGACAGGCUUGUCUCUUUGUUUUGAACCUCGACACUCUGGACCGAGACCAGCUGUCUCCUCAGUACGUCCACAACCUCAAAACUAAGAUCCAGAACCUGAACCUGUGGAAUAACGGAAAGAACCACCUGAUCUUUAACCUGUAUUCGGGCACAUGGCCGGAUUACACAGAGGAUCUGGGGUUUGAUACCGGACAAGCCAUGCUGGCCAAAGCCAGCAUCAGCACAGAAAACUUCAGACCCAAUUUUGACAUCUCCAUCCCCUUGUUCUCUAAAGAUCACCCCCGAACUGGAGGAGAAAAGGGGUAUUUAAAAUACAACACCAUCCCUCCCUUUAGGAAAUAUGUGCUGGUUUUUAAAGGCAAGCGCUAUCUGACUGGGAUUGGAUCUGAUACCAGGAAUGCGCUUCAUCACGUCCAUAAUGCUGAAGACGUGGUUCUCCUCACCACAUGCAAACAUGGCAAAGACUGGCAGAAGCAUAAAGAUGCUCGUUGUGACAAGGACAAUGCUGAAUAUGAGAGGUACGACUAUAAAGAAAUGCUGCAUAACUCCACUUUUUGUCUCGUGCCUCGAGGACGCCGUCUGGGCUCUUUCCGUUUCUUGGAGGCUCUGCAGGCCGCUUGUGUUCCCGUCAUGCUCAGUAACGGCUGGGAGCUUCCCUUCUCAGAGAUCAUCGACUGGAGCAUGGCCUCUGUCAUUGGGGAUGAGAGACUUCUUCUACAGAUUCCAUCGACGGUUCGCUCCAUCCAUCAAGACCACAUUCUGUCUCUCCGCCAGCAGACGCAGUUCUUAUGGGAAGCGUAUUUCUCUUCUGUGGAGAAAAUUGUGCUCACUACAUUGGAGAUCAUCCAGGACCGUGUGUUGCAACACAACGCCCGCAGCACAUUGAUGUGGAAUCGGUUGCCAGGUGGACUUUUCACUCUGCCCCAAUACUCACCCUACCUGGGCGACUUCCCUUUCUUCUAUGCUUUACUCGGUGUUAAACCACAGCAGAAGUUCACAGCCGUCAUUCACGCCGUCACGCCUCUCGUAUCUCAAUCUCAACCCAUUUUCAAGUUGCUCGUGGCUGUGGCCAAAUCCCAGUACUGUGCACAGAUCAUUGUCCUGUGGAACUGUGACAAGCCUCUCCCUGCGAAGCACCGCUGGCCCGUCACCUCUGUUCCAGUCAUCGUUAUCGAGGGCGAGAGCAAGGUGAUGAGUAGCCGAUUUCUGCCCUAUGAAAACAUCAAAACUGACGCAGUCUUAAGUCUGGAUGAAGACACUGUGCUCUCGACUACAGAGGUGGAUUUUGCCUUUACAGUUUGGCAAAGUUUCCCAGAGAGGAUUGUGGGAUACCCUGCACGGAGCCAUUUCUGGGACUCCAACAAGGAGCGCUGGGGCUACACCUCCAAGUGGACCAAUGACUACUCCAUGGUGCUGACUGGAGCUGCUUUCUACCACAGGUAUUAUAACUACUUGUAUACACACUACCUGCCCAGCAGCUUGAAGAGUAUGGUUGACCAGCUCUCGAACUGUGAAGACAUCCUCAUGAACUUCCUGGUGUCUGCUGUCACUAAGAUGCCUCCUAUCAAGGUCACCCAAAAGAAGCAGUACAAGGAGACGAUGAUGGGACAGACGUCCCGGGCAUCACGUUGGGCAGAUCCUGACCACUUUGCCCAGCGGCAGACGUGCAUGAACAAAUUUGCCAGCUGGUUUGGCACCAUGCCCCUAGUCCAUUCGCAGAUGAGACUGGAUCCUGUUCUGUUUAAAGACCAGGUAUCAAUACUGCGCAAGAAGUACAGGGACAUCGAGAGACUCUGACGAAGCUGAGAAACCUUUCCUUCUGAACGGGGAUAGAAAACGGCAUCCGAAAACCCCCCAGAACCCUGAGAAACCAGAUCAACGGGGAUAAAAACGGGGGCAUGGAAACAUUCAGGGAGGAAGCGCAUCGAGAUUGGGGGACGAUGAAAAUCCGUCUGUUAGAGAUUGUCACUAUUAAUAUAUGACAGCAAGAGGUUCGAUUCGAGACCACGUUGACGUUAUUUGGCAGAGUUUAGCGCAACACAAAGACAAGCCAAUAUUGGCAGCUUUCUGUCUUCCAAACCCCCUCUUGAAAUGCUUUGCCAAUGACAAUGGUGACAUGGCAACUUUGCCAAAGCCAGGCAGCCACACGCACAUGCACAUGCAGUCAGAAUAUAGACUACUAUCCAUCGGUUUCACUUCUGGAUCAGUCCUCUUCAUGUUAGAUGUGCAAUACUCCUGGCUGGAAGGCUCGCCCGCGAUCCAGCAGUGCAUGUUUAUUCAGUUUGCCUUCUGCAAGCGUUACGCCACUCUCGAAGACUUAGGACGACGUCCCGCAGAGAAGUCGAGCGUGUGAAACACCGCGCACAACGUCACAGUGCCUGAGCUUUCAGAUGGACCAUAUCUGGGAGCCCAAAGGGGUUUUGUAUGAAUGCAAAAACACCUUGUUCAUGCUGCUUAUAUUUGGAUUCAAAUGUAGGUGUUCCACAAACUUGCCCAAAGGUUUCCUUUUCCUUUUUUUCUAUACAAGCCUUUUGGUGUGUUUUGUCAAACUGACAUAAUUUUUGAUGAUUUAGAUCCAAUGCCACAAUUAUCUCGUUCCUUGUUUUCUUACAAGUCUUACAACAUGCCAUAUCAGAAGUUCACACUGCAGCUAAUUCAGAUGUCACUCCACUUCUUGUCUCUCUUUUUUUAUUUUGAAAGUGACGCAUUUUAACAUAAAAAAUAUUCAUAUACACUCCUGAACAAAAUCUUAAGACCAGGGGAUGCAUUGCAAGUUUGACACAUUUCGCGAUGCAUCCCCUGGUCUUAAGAUUUUGUUCAGGAGUGUAAUGACAACCACUUUUACAAAUCAGUCUUUUAAUAACAUGUUGUUAAUGCAGUGACGUAACGUGCUAAUGACCAAACAUUUUAAAUCAACACUGCAAUCCGUUUUCUUCAAUAGUCAGUCAGUGUGCAUGAGACUACUAUGUAGGUUUUCAAUAAAUUGGCCCCAAAGUUUUAGAUUUUUCUUUCUUUUUAUAGAAAUUGACAAACUGACGACAUUUUAGUAUUUUUUAUGUUUUCGAACCAAUGCCACAAUCAUUUACUGUCUUGUUUUUUUACGAGUGUAAUGUCAUAUGAGACCACGUUCACACUGGAACUAAUUCAGUUGUCACUCCACUUCUGACUGCUUCAUCUUGGUAUUAACUUGUUUAUCUUGAAGAGACAAAUGUGUUUUUCAUCUGGAAAGAUUAGAUAGUGACAACCACUUUUACAAAUCAAUCUAAUAAUAACAAAUAGUUUAUGCAAACAUUACUUGUCUAAUGACAAACAUGGAGGGACUGAAAACAUCUUUGUAUGGCUAAUAUUUCUUUCUUUAUAUGGAUGUUCCAAUCUAUCCAUUUAAAUCUAUUUAUAACUUCAACAUUGUUCCAUUUCAGAAAACUACAUUCAAUAAUCCCUAUGUUGUUUCAGUGUGUACGUGGCUAGUAUGUAUUUCUAGAAUCACUCGCUCUAAGCUCACAGGAUAUGUGGUUGUAAAGAGAUAUUUAACACUAGUUUUGCUUUACUCUCGCAAAUCAAUGAAACGUCUGGAAAUGCUUGAUUACAAGAGGAUGUCAUUCAUUUAGAGCUUCAGGUUGAGUUUUGAGAAUGUCUUCAAUUGAUUUUCUGUUAAGAAAGAACUAUUAACUCAUUAUCAAUCCUGUUUUUCUCAGAUUGGGAUGGAUAGAGCUGACUGUCUCAGUGGAGACCGAUUCAAAAGUACAUUUGAUCGAAAUCCAUAUACUUAAACAUGGUCUUAAAGGGGUAGUUCACCCAAAAAUACUAAUUCUGUCAUCAUUUACUCACCCCUUUAUGUCGUUCCAAACAUGUAUGGGUUGCUUUUCUUAUGUUAAACAUAAAAGAAGAUAUUUUGAAGAUUGCUGGUUUUUAAACAGUUGGUUCAUUACCAUUGACUUCCAACUGUUUGGUUACAAGGAGUCUUCAAAAUAUCUUCUUUUAUGUUCAACAAAAGAAAAGCAACCAAUAUAUGUUUGGAACGACAUAAAGGGGGAGUAAAUGUUGACAGAAUUUUUAUUUUUUUUGAGUGAACUAUCCCUCUAAGUCAGAGUAGAUGCCAUAUUUAAUGUUGCAUGAAUGAAAACACGACUUUGAGGGACGGACCUACAGUUUGUUCAAUGGGUUUUGUUGUCAAUAAAAAUACGUCUUUGCAAAAACAAAACAAAAAAAUGUUUUCAAAACGUGAAAUGGCACCUUAAGACAGUACAAUCUACUGUAUUUAACCAACUGUUAAUUAAAUAUAAUUUAUAAUAAAAUAAUCUAGACAUUAAAAUAAAGUUUAAUGUCCAUACAGUUACAAAAAAAUUACCUUGUAGAGUACUUUUGUAAGAGUAUUUUCUCUUUUAAACGACAAAUGGGUUUAUUAUUAUUGAUGGUUUGGAUCAUGUGAUGAUAGAAAUGUGUGAACUUUUGUUUGACUGUUAAUAUAUUUGCAUGGCGAUCAUCUGAUUGGACUGCUUUAUUUUCUUUACUCAAGAAAGAAACAAGGAAUAAUGUGACAAUACAGAACAGAAUGUGUCCCAAAUAUUAUACGAUGAGGAAAAACAUUUAGGAAUGUAGAAUGAUGUGCAUGAAUUGGGCCAAAACUCUGGCAAACGUCUCUCCAAAUAAGACAUUGUUAUUAUGAGGUUCUAGUCACACUUUUUUUUUGUCUCAAGUAAAUGUGCCUUUUCUCAAGACACUUCGCCUCAUAAUCUUCUCUAUAGUGUUGAUCAUACAUGGGUAUCAUACAUCUCUCUGGUCUUGAUUCACUUGGUUUAGUUUUCUCUGUCAAACACUGGAGUUUUUGUGAUUUGUUCAGUUCUGACAUUCCUUCCUGUUUUGUAGGAGACACAUCUCAGUCGCUCUUUCACUCGGCCUCAUGUCUGUAUGUGUAUUUAACACACAUGAGGAUUCAUGUAUUUCAGUUUUGAUUCUUUUCUCCUCUGACUUUAUUUUACAUCAUUACAAACAAUAAAAUAAAGGUAGAAUUUUUUUUAAGAUAUGAAAAGUGAUUUUAUAAAAACGAAAUAAAUGAUAUUUGAUAAAUCUG